GACCAAAUGAUAUUGGAAUCUAUUUCAAAAAAAUAAAACUAUCUACUUAGAAAAAAGAAAAAAAACAUUCUAAACUAGUUUUUUUGGGUACUUCUCUCUUUAAAACCUCUCCCUUCUCUCUAAAAGUAGAUCUAGAUCUCAGUUUGCGUUGGCUGGCUCUGGUGGCUUCCAUAGCGCCGGAGCUAUGCCUCUCUUGCUCUGCUGUAAAGUUUAUGUUGCUUUUGCUUAGUUUAUGUGCGUUGUGGUGUAGGGAUUUUUGAAUGGUUCUUAGAUGGCUUAUGUUGUUUUUGUGGGUUGGUCUCUGUUGCUAGUAGCGCCUCUUGAUCCGGUCAUGUUUUAACCUUAUUCUCGUUUAGCCUUUUACCAGGCUUGGUGGUUGCUUUCGUUUCUGUCCGGUUCGAUCUCCUCCCGUUUUUGUUUUUCGGUGUGGUCCGGAUUGAUUUGGUUCUCUCCUUGUCUUUACUCUAAAGAUCUGAUCGAGAUCUCAUCUGUUCAUUGGCUGGUUUUCUUCGAGGCGCUAAACAAUCAUAUUCUUUGAUUCGCCGCUUCCGGGAGUGUAGGUGUGACUUGUCGUCUUUGGCCUAGUUCUUCUCGCCGGUAUGGAUUCCUUGGAACUCUUCUAUGUAAGGUAGUCUUCAUCGUAAUAGGUGGCACCGCUGUCCAUUUGGUUGGAAGUUCCUUGUCCCCUACGGAGUGGCUUGUUGUAAAGCUCUGCCUUUCCUUUGUCUGGUAAUGUGGUUGACGAGAUGUUGUGUUUAAAAUUUUGGUUGUUUUGGUCUGCUUCUUUGUUUUAGUUUCGCAACUUUGCUCUGUUUGUAAGGUUUGUUUUGCCUUGUUAUUUCCCUUUCCUUUGGGCUUUGCUUCCGAGAUUAUCCUUUUAAUCGUCGGCUUAGUUUUCUGGGGUUACUUGUUAACCGCCGGCUUUGUAUUUCACCCUUGUAUUUCACCGGAAUCUCUAUAAUAAACUUUCAGACGAUAA